CAAUAACACUAUUUCCAAAUGAAGAAGCAUAUAAUAAAAGAAUGUCGAGAUAUAGGAAAUGGUAUCAAGGUAAAAAGGAGCUACUUACCAGUGUAGAAGAUUUAUAUAAUCUUUAUUAUAAGCUAUCCAAAAAAGAUAGGCCUAUGACUGAAACAGAGAUUGAGGAAGCCGUUGAAGAUGUACUUAUAGACGAAUAG